CAUAUAUACAUAUAUACAUAUAUACAUAUAUAUGGUAUCCAGAGCUGGCUGCAAAGUUUGAAUUUCGAUAGACAAAAAUGCAAUCUGGAUUCGUUGUAGCCCCAGCAAUAAGGCAGUCUAUUUGUUCGCGUAGUUUGUGGACAGCUUCGCGAUUUUAUAGGUGUUCUGCCGGGAUAAUAUUCGUAUCGUUGAUCCUUCUCAUACUGUUGGGAAUCUUCGUGGUUGGUCCAGCAAGAGAUGGACUUAACUUGAAACCAGCAACUUGUACUGUUAAAAGCUAUCAAAGAGGAGUUAGCGAGAGCUGUAGUUGUGGGAAAUACUGUACGAGCUCUUUUCCAUGUUUGAAGAUUUACGUUGAUUAUCAGCCUGAAGGGAAAAUGACGAACGUCACAGAUGUUUUGUUACACGACACUGUCUAUGAACACAACGAUUACAUCAAGUGUUCUACAGCACCAUGUGAGAGAAGUGAGCAAAUCAAUACAGAUCGAGUGAAUGACUUCCAAAAAAGAAAAGGACAAGUUCAUCAAAAGUAUUUAUGCUACUAUAAUAUCAAAAAGCCUGAUGAAGUUGUAACAGUAACAGGUGAUUUCAAGACUGUGAUCCUACAUUGCAUCUUAUGGCCAGUUCUUGUCAUUAUUAUCAUGAUAUUUCUGAUACUGGGUAUUUUCUUUUACCGCAAGUAUCAAGCUGCUCCAAAAGAUGGCCAAGAUAUCAAUUUAGUAUGGGAUUAAUUCCAUCUAUUAUAACCAGCAAUCAUAGACAAUUAAUAUCAAACAAGAUGAACAAUAUACUGGGUCCUGCUUGUAAAGUAUAAUAUCUCUGUUUUUUGUUUGUUUAAGAGUUAUGUCUUGGCACUGCUUGUUAGAUUUAUCAAUGCAAGAACAUGAUUUGUGUAAUGUUUACAGCCUAGCCUCAACAUAUUCUAGCUCUCAAUUUAUAAUUUGUUUAUUGUAUGUAGAUAAGUCAGUAUAUGAAAAACAUUUGUGGAAAGGGGUCUUAUAUAUUGCUGUCAUACAUGGACCCCUAGGAAUCACAUAUUCAUUAACUUUAUUAAGCAAUAUCAUAAAGCAAUAUAUAACUUAAAACAUGCUUUACAGCACUUCCCAAUCACACAUGCAAAAUCAACCAAUUAUUACUUGUUGUCACAAUGGCUUUGGCAUUCACAACAUUUCAUAGGCAAAUGCUCUUGAAAACUUUGUAUUUUGUCCUGUACUAUCUACAYAAAGUAUUAUUGUUUUUUGAUGCUGCCUGAUUUAAGACAUUCUCCUCCCUGCCUUAAGCUGUAUUCAAUGAAGGCCAGCAAAAAUAAUGACUUACUAAUUUGAAGUCCGUCCUCCAAUAAAAUAUCAAUAAUUUUGAUUUUUUUGAUAGUGCAGAGUAAAAGAAUCAGUUUAAUUUA